GCACCCCUAGGCUCUCUUGCGCUCCUAGGCGAGGGGGAGGAGUGGCUACACUGCGCGGUAGACCGGCGGGCGGGCGGGUCGAGGAGCAGGGAGGGGAGCGAAGGGAGGGGGCCCUGGCCGGGGGAGGAGGAGGGAGGCGAGGAGGCGGCUGUGGCAGCGCACGGCGGCGGUGGCGGAGGUAGCGGCGGCGGCGGUGGCGGCGGCAGCGGCGCGGAGAGCUGGAAGCUGGAGCCCAGAGCUCAGCCGGGUAGCGUGAGAGAAGCAGCCGCAGGAACUGCAGCCCUGCUAGCUUGGGCCGAGCAGAAACACACCGGCCUGGCUGGUCCACGCCAGCCGCAGACAGUGGCUGAGCAUGGAGCUGUCCCCCCGCAGUCCUCCAGAGAUGCUGGAGUCGGAUUGCCCGUCACCCCUGGAGCUGAAGUCAGCCCCCAGCAAGAAAAUGUGGAUUAAGCUACGGUCUCUGCUGCGCUACAUGGUGAAGCAGUUGGAGAAUGGGGAGGUUAACAUCGAGGAGCUGAAGAAAAACCUGGAAUACACAGCUUCCCUGCUGGAAGCUGUCUACAUUGAUGAGACAAGGCAAAUCCUAGACACUGAAGAUGAGCUUCGGGAACUUCGGUCAGAUGCUGUGCCUUCAGAGGUGCGGGACUGGUUGGCCUCCACCUUCACCCAGCAGACCCGAGCCAAAGGUCGCAGGGCAGAAGAGAAACCCAAGUUCCGAAGCAUCGUGCAUGCUGUGCAGGCUGGGAUCUUCGUGGAGCGGAUGUUCCGGAGAACGUAUACCUCUGUGGGCCCCACAUACUCUACUGCAGUCCACAACUGUCUCAAGAACCUGGACCUCUGGUGCUUUGAUGUCUUUUCCUUGAACCGGGCAGCCGAUGACCACGCUCUGAGGACCAUUGUUUUUGAGUUGCUGACUCGGCAUAGCCUCAUCAGCCGCUUUAAGAUUCCCACAGUGUUUCUGAUGAGUUUUCUGGAGGCCUUGGAGACAGGCUAUGGGAAAUAUAAGAAUCCUUACCACAACCAGAUCCACGCAGCCGACGUGACCCAGACUGUCCAUUGCUUCCUUCUCCGCACAGGCAUGGUGCACUGCCUGUCAGAGAUUGAGGUCUUGGCCAUCAUCUUUGCUGCAGCCAUCCAUGACUAUGAGCACACAGGCACAACCAACAGCUUCCACAUUCAGACCAAGUCAGAAUGUGCCAUCCUGUACAAUGAUCGAUCGGUGCUGGAGAAUCACCACAUCAGCUCUGUCUUUCGAAUGAUGCAGGAUGAUGAGAUGAACAUUUUUAUCAAUCUCACCAAGGAUGAAUUUGCAGAGCUGCGGGCCCUGGUUAUCGAGAUGGUGUUGGCCACAGACAUGUCCUGCCAUUUCCAGCAAGUGAAGACUAUGAAGACAGCACUGCAGCAGUUGGAAAGGAUUGACAAGUCCAAGGCCCUAUCUCUUCUGCUUCAUGCUGCUGACAUCAGCCACCCAACUAAGCAGUGGUCAGUCCACAGCCGCUGGACCAAGGCCCUAAUGGAAGAGUUCUUCCGCCAGGGUGACAAGGAGGCAGAGCUGGGCCUGCCCUUCUCUCCACUCUGUGAUCGCACUUCCACAUUGGUGGCCCAGUCCCAGAUAGGUUUCAUUGACUUCAUUGUGGAGCCAACCUUCUCUGUGCUGACUGAUGUGGCAGAAAAGAGUGUCCAGCCCUUGGCAGAUGAUGAUUCCAAGCCUAAAAGUCAGCCCAGCUUCCAGUGGCGCCAGCCUUCUUUAGAUGUGGACGUAGGAGACCCCAACCCUGAUGUGGUCAGUUUCCGUGCCACCUGGACCAAGUACAUUCAAGAGAACAAACAGAAGUGGAAGGAACGGGCAGCAAGUGGCAUCACCAACCAGAUGUCCAUUGAUGAACUGUCCCCCUGUGAGGAAGAAGCCCCAUCCUCCCCUGCAGAAGAUGAGCACAACCAGAAUGGGAAUCUGGAUUAGGGAACUGGGGGCUGACCAGGUCCUCACUGAGUCCAAAGUCUUCGAUGUCAUUAGCACUAUCCAUCAGGACUGGUUCCCCCAUCUGCUCCAAGGGAGUGUGUUGGUUGUGGGAGAGACAGCUCACCUGAGAGCCAAAUGUUGGAGCGGGUGGGGUGUGGGAAGGGCCCCUCCCCACCCACAGGCCCUCAGUGGUCACUGUGCCCAUCCCUUGCCUCUGGACUCCUCCUUUGGCCACUUGGGAGGAGUAAGCUCCCUGCAGGCUUCCUACAGUUUGGAGGGGAGGGUCAGAGAUGCCAGCCCCCUGGGCCCUCCCCAUCCUUCUUGCCUCCAAGUUUCUAAGCAAUACAUUUUGGGGGUUCCCUCAGUCCCCCACCCCAGAUCUUAGCUGGCAGGUCUGGGUUUCCCUUCUCUUCCCUGAGAAAGGGCCAGAAUAGGAUAGGAAGCUGGCAGUUUUCAAAGCCCUGCAUGGGAAGGGCAGGUGUCCCUUCAGGUUCCUUCCUAAGAUGAGGUGGGGGACAUCCUCUUGAUCCCAUACUUGCACUUCUUCAGCCCCAUUCCCUUGCAAAUUCUCUCUCUCCUGUGCCCAGACAGUGGCUGGGAGAGGAGAGGAGCCAUUGGGAUUCUGUCUGAGGGAAGUCUUUCCUGGAGUCCUCAAAUACUUGGGGAUGGUCUGGGCUUGAGGGGCUUGUACCCUGAUCUAGAUGGGUUUUUGACCCUUUGCCUCCUUCCUGUCCCCGGGAACUAGGAAGCCCUCAUCCGACCAAUGUCUGUAAACGCUCUGAGGUCUUCCUUCAGGAUGUAUCUUAUGAGCAAAGGAAGGAGAGAGCAGCUAGCCCCAGUACAAGCAGGGGGAAGUAUUACCCAGUAAUGUUGACACAGAGCAGGUCCUUCCUGCCUCCCUUCUCCCCGAACUGGCCCACUAAGAGAUUUCCCCCUCCCGGGGCCCCUGGUGGGUGGAAGGCAGAUGGGGAGGGGCUCAGGGCGGUAGCAACUUGGAGCACCCAGAGCGAGUGCAGCCAGGUAAAGCCUCUUCCUGUCCUCAGGCUCCUUGCCCCACGUCACCCCAUUUAAGGCCAAGUCCAGGUGACUGCCUCCUCCUCUCUUGUAAAUACAUGCAUUUGUACAGUGGGCCCUGUUCUUGUGAAGUCCAUCUCCAUGGUCAUUAGACCUGCCACUCUGAACCGCAUGUGACUCCCCCAUGCUCUUGGUCUCCCAGGCCCCUGCUAUAGCCAGAGAUCAAUAAAGAAGGGAGACCGGCUGGA